AUCAUCGAAGGAAACCUUUAUGUUAUGUCUUGCUCACAAAUACUCACAGGAUUAGUCGUAAGACUGAGAGUUAAAAUCCCUGUAGAACUCUAAAAUUAACGAUACACAAGUUAAUCAGCUCCAUUGAUACGGUUAGGUAUCCUUCAAAGCCUUGUCCUCUGAAUCCUUUUGGCCAUUAAUUACUUUUUGAUGCAUCAAAAUGUGAGCGGUCUGACCUUACAUAUAACUUCUGAAGAGUACUGUCGACUAGGCCAUUUUCAUAAAGUAUGCUUGCAUUCAUUUUAGAAAAUCAGUUAGAGAACCGUUGACCAAUCAAACUAAUACUAUACAGUCAAAAUAAGGUAGACUCUUCUUUUUUGACUGCUAAAAAUGGAGGGAAAAGAAAAAGAUUUAAUGAGAAAGAUGCAUGUCAAGCUAGUUCGAGAACUCGACACAACAGGYUUGCUUUUGAGUCAUCUCUUUCAAGAUAAUGUAUUAUCUGAGGAAGAUGUCGAGAAAAUAAAAGCAAAGAAAACUUCAAAGAAGAGAGCUGAAAAACUGCUUAAGACACUCAAGAAAAGAAGACGUGGCCUUAAGAUGUUAAUUARAGCAUUAAUUCUUUCAAAGAUCCAGGAUUUUCUGGGUUUCGAAAUUCUGAGAAAGGUUACUUGGAGCGAAAAAGAGAAGGAAGAUUUUUUAAAGGAAUUAGAUGGCGAUUUAGAUGAGAAACAAAAAGUGGAGGCUAAACUGGUAGAGGCAGAACAUGAAAUACAGCAGCUAAAAUUAAGAUGUACAGAAUAUGAAAGGAGGUUAAACGAGAAAGAAGAUCAACGGCGAAGUAGUGUAUCAUCUCGAGAAGCCAACCAUUCCAAUUUUUUUCGAAAACUCUUCCGACAAUCAGAGAGAAAGCAAGAUAAAGCGGUCAGUACUGAGGAUUUCCCUUCUCUGCCACCUAGAAAUGGAUCAAUGUGCUUAAAUGACUUCGUGUUACCGCCACACGGCGACCCAUAUUUUGAGGAUCCAUUUGAAGAAUUUACGUCAAGUAUCCAAUGUAGUACUAACUCAGCAUCAGGGUCAAGAAUAGCCCGAUAUUCUGAUUCAAUUUGGGAAAAUCAAUUUGAAUUUGCCGAUUCUCGACGUUCAAGCACUAGACAAAGUACUAAAUCAGCACCAGUGCCAUGGGAAAUAAAAGCCGAAUCAAGAGCAGGUUCUCACACUGGUUCGGUAGUUAGUUCAGCUAGUCUCAGAAUUAGAAAUGCUUUUGGAAGUGUCGGGAGGAAUCAACAUACUCGUCUGAUUAAUAGGUAAAUCUACACUAAUUGAUAAAAUGUCAAAGUGUAGAAGAAGUGAUCUUGUGUUUGAAACAUAAGCGUGGAGACGGCGGCCAUCUUUCCAUGGGGCAAAACAAAAAUAAAUUAAUAUAACGUCAAAAAGAUAGUGUUUCGUGUGUUUGUCUUUCUUUUAUGGGUAAAUGUGGUCGAUGUGCUAUCUGAAUUCAUAUUUUUUUGUAUUGAACUGUAAUAUAAAUUGAGGUCAUUUUAGUGGCAAAGCUUCAUUUCCCCCUGGACGGCUGAUAAUGCAUCCCGAUCCAAGAUGUCCGCCGUUUCGUCGAAGUAGUCCAGUGAUUGCAUAUACGCACUCUAAUAAAAUGUUAGGAAGUCAGGCACUAAAAAAGCUAUGCAUAAACAAGCUAUGCAUAGAUAGAUAUCAUUAAUAUACAACUUAGGCCCCGUCCACACUAUGCCGGGUAAAUUUGAAUAUGAAUUUUUAUUUAUUCGGUUAGGCCUACCGUCCACACUAGUUCGGGCCAACCGGAACAAUUCUUUACCGAAAACGAAUUUUCGAGAUGGAACCGAAUAAAUAAAAAUUCGGUUUCAAAUUUAUCCGGCAUAGUGUGGACGGGGCCUUAGAGCUUUUUGGAAAGAGCGCUUGUGCUUAACUUUUUAAACAAGGAGGAAGAAUAAUUUAAUGUCUCGUCUUUAAAAAACGUCUCUUCUACCUUCUGGCCUCAUGUACACUUACAUAUAUACCAAGCACCUCAUUUAUUUUAUCUUAUUUUAGCUUUAUUUCAUAAACUUUUUUAAUGGAAGUUCUUUCCAAUGUCUAAGUUAUUGCUUCAGCUAAUCCUAAUCAUUUCAUACCUUUCCUACCACAAUCCGGCCUUUUUAAAAAACAUUUCAUAUUCCAAUGUCAAAAAUCUAAAAAAAACUAUCACAAUAAUUAGCAUUGCAAACAUAGCUACUCAAAACGUUUGUUGAAAAGACAAAGAAUGUUUAAAUGUUUAAAGUAGUUCGUGUUCAAAUCGUUGAAUUUGCUCAUCGCCAAAUAUAUUACUUAUUAUUAUAUGGCAUCAAUGUUUCGCCCUCUCUGAUUGGCUGUUUAGCAGGCAAGAUUUUCUUGUAAUGACCGGUCAUUACGGAAAUUGYUCUCGGCUUCAUUCACGGCUCUUUUCAGUUGCGAUCAAAAGCUACGAAACCAAACAUUAAAUCAACCGAAAACAUAAACAAAAUACAUUUAUCUUUUAAAGAACUGAAAAAAUAUUAUUGUAUAGCUUAGAGAUACUUCUCAGUGUACAAUGAGUGACGAAGAGAGCCACAGCGAAAGCGAAUUUUGUUACACUUACAGCCGAAAAAAGGCCAURUAAUAAAUAACUUAUUAACCUCGUUCGUUCGGUCAUUACAGGGAAAUCUCAGACCUCGGUCUUUUUUUAUACGUACUGUCAAGACCUCGGUCUGAGAUUUCCCUGUAAUGACCUCACUCUCGGUUAAUAAGUUGUAUUUAAUGGGAAUAAACCUUAUUACCUGUACAAUAAUGAGAAAAGUUAUUAACAGUACAUAGUAAAAUUGAUUACAGUAUAAAAAUAUAUAUCUUGAGAGCUUCAAAUGUAAGAUUAAAUAUCUAACAAAUGUGUGCAAAGUCAUGCAUUUACAGGAUAGUACACAAAGAACAAUACAAAUCGUUAACCUUU